AUUUAUCUGAGGAUGACCCUCUUGGUGCGUUAGACGAGCUCGCUAAAAUCAUUUCAAAUGUGCCGAUGAAUGUACACUGGGAUUCUACUACAUUUGGAAGAGAAACUCAGAUCCCAUUGUACUUGCAUCAUCAAGAUGUUAGGGAGCUUGCGUCGGGUAGAGAAGAAAUUAAUAUUACACUCAUUCAGCUGUGGAUGAUGUAUAUGUCUGAUGUUAGUAACAAGAAGGGGUUCAACGAUGUAUAUGGGUUCAUUGACCCCUCUAUGACUCAUGAAAGAAAUAAAUUUGAUGAUAUCCAGACAUACAUCAGCACCUGUUUUGGAAUGGGGAAGGAGAUAUAUUUUCUCCCUUAUAUACAUGGGUGUCAUUGGCAGCUACUUGUGAUCUCCAUACCGGAGAACACUGCUGUCUGGUUUUGUUCAUUGCAGAAGUCUCCUCCCAGCUCUCUUAGACAUGUAGUAGAUUGUUCCCUUGCAACACAUAUGAUGUUAUCUGGGAGAUCUACUGCUACAGCUAAAAAGCUUGCAUGGGUUGCCCUUAAGUGUAAUAUACAAACGGGGUCAUAUGAAUGUGGUUACUACGUCAUGUUUUGGAUGAUGACCAUUAUUCGUGCACAUUACACCAGUGGAUGGGAAACGAAAUUCAAUAGGACUGCUCCAAUUCCGGAGAAGUCACUUCAACUUGUGAGGAAAGCACUGGCUAAAUAUGUAAUUCAUUUAUAUAAUAGUAUAUACUAGAUAUUAAGAUAUACUAAGUUCUAAGUUUAUGUUUCUAAGUUGUUUGAUGUUUUUCUACAUUAUUAUUAGUUUAACAUUGUACAUUCAGU